UGUGUCUGCAGAGAAGUGGAGUCUGGGAAGGAAAGUGGGCUCGAGAAAGAAAUCUCUCUCCCUGAACUGUUUACCCUGACGUCAGUUUGCAGAACUAGCUCUGCCCUGUCUCCCUCGGUGUCUCUGAAACUCCACUCAGUGAGAACUGGGGGAAUAGAUGGGCUCGGCCCCACCACUUGCGCGCCCGGACCUCACGGAGUGAAUGAAAUGAUUCCUUCUGCACAUUUAAAGUGGACUACAACAGCUACACGAUGAACACCUGCGCCUUUCUGUUGAUUUUGACUGUUCAGAUCUACGCCGAUGGCAUCGAGGGGCCAACAGCUGCUGGCUGCACGUUUGAAGAGGAUUCGGACCCCAAUCUGUGCGACUUCACCCAGGGGGAGGAGGAUGACUUUGACUGGCUGUUGUUUCGGACGUACAGUUCACCUUACGCCAGCUCUGACCUCCUGCGGGGAUCUUAUAUGUUGGUUAACUCCUCCCAGCAUGUCAUGGGUCAUCGUGCUCAGCUGCUGCUGCAGUCGCUGAGUGAAAAUGACACGCACUGCGUCCAGUUCAGCUACUUCCUGUACAGUCGUGAUGGCCACAGUCCUGGGGCCCUAAGGGCUUAUGUGCGAGUCAACGGCGGUCCGCUCGGCAGUGCGGUGUGGAACAUGUCUGGGUCACAUGGAAAGCAGUGGCAUCAGGUCGAGCUGGCUGUCAGCACCUUCUGGCCCAAUGAAUACCAGGUUCUGAUUGAGGCAACAGUUUCCAGGGAGCGGCGGGGCUACAUUGCCAUAGAUGACAUCAUGGUGCUCAACUAUCCCUGCUAUAAGGCACCGCACUUCUCCAGGCUAGGAGACGAGGAGGUCAAUGCUGGGCAAAAUGCCACUUUCCAGUGUGUUGCUGCUGGAAGAGCAUCGGAGGCUGAGAAGUUCCUGCUGGAGAGACACAAUGGGGACAUUUUAACAACAGCCUCGGUCAAGCACCUGAGUCACCGGCGCUUUGUGGUAUCCUUCCAGCUAGACAGUGUCCAGCGAACGGAUCAAGACCUAUACCGCUGUGUCACUCAGUCCCCCAGGGGCUCUGGGGUCUCAAAUUUUGCUGAACUCGUCGUCAAAGUACCUCCAUCCCCCAUCGCGCCGCCCCAGCUGCUGCGCGCCGGCUCCACUUACCUGAUCAUCCAGCUCAACACCAACUCUAUCCUGGGAGAUGGCCCCAUUAUCAGGAAGGAGAUUGAGUACCGUGCCAGCCAGUCUCCGUGGUCAGAGGUGCACGGGGUCAACAUGGUCACCUACAAGCUGUGGCACCUGGAUCCAGACACAGAGUACCACAUUAGUGUGCUGUUGACUCGGCCUGGAGAGGGAGGAACUGGCCCUCCUGGACCACCUCUCGUGAGCAGGACCAAGUGUGCCGAGCCAAUGCGGGCACUGCGGGGCCUCGUAACAACAGAUAUCCAGUCCAGGCAGUUGUCCCUGCAGUGGGAGAAUUUGGCGUUCAACCUGACACGCUGCCACACCUACUCAGUGUCCCUGUGCUACCGUUACACCACGGCGGGAGGUGGCGGAGGCCACAACACCACCGUGCGCGAGUGCCUGGCAGUGGAACACAAUGCGUCACGCUUCACACUGCGUGAUCUGCCACCGUACCACAGCGUCCAUGUCCGCCUGUCACUGGCCAAUCCAGAGGGGAAGAAAGAGGGCAGAGAAGUCACCUUCCAGACUGAGGAGGACAUUCCCGGAGGCAUAGCACCAGAAUCGCUCACCUUCACCCCGCUGGAUGACAUGAUCUUCCUGAAGUGGGAGGAGCCUGUCGAGCCCAACGGCCUUAUUACCCAAUACGAGAUCAGUUACCAAAGUAUUGAAUCAUCUGAUCCAGGCAUCAAUGUCCCAGGACCUAGAAGAACAGUGUCAAAGCUGAAGAAUGAGACCUACCACAUGUUCUCCAACCUGCACCCUGGAACUACUUACCUAAUCUCCGUCCGAGCCCGUACAGCCAAGGGCUUUGGCCAGACGGCUCUCACCGAAAUCACCACUAACAUCUCAGCGCCCACAUUUGAUUACGGAGACAUGCCUUCCCCCCUGAGUGAGACAGAGAGCACAAUUACUGUCCUGCUGCGCCCUGCCCAAGGCAGAGGGGCACCUGUCAGCACAUACCAGGUGGUGGUUGAAGAGGAAACAGUUAAGAAAGUGAAGAGGGAGCUGGGGCUUCAGGAGUGUUUCCCCUUGCCGAUGUCCCACGGGGAGGCCCAGGCCCGGGGCACACCACAUUACUACACAGCCGAGCUGCCACCCAGCAGUCUGCCGGAGGCCAGUCCCUUCACUGUGGGCGACAAUCACACUUACAACGGCUACUGGAACAGCCCUUUGGACCCACGCAAGAGCUACCUUGUCUACUUCCAAGCUAUGAGCAACUUCAGAGGGGAAUCCAGAAUAAACUGCAUCCGCAUCGCUCGCAAAGCGGCCUGCAAAGAUCACCGCAAGGCUCUGGAGGUGUCCCAACACUCUGAGGAGAUGGGGUUGAUUCUUGGGGUGUGCGCCGGAGGUCUGGUAGUCCUCAUCCUCCUGCUGGGUGCCAUCAUCAUCAUCAUUAAAAAAGGAAGGGACUACUACUCUUACUAUCCGAAACCAGUGAACAUGAAUAAGACACCCAUUACCUAUCGGCAGGAGAAGAGCCAUAUGGGCUCCAUGGAGCGCAGUUUCACAGACCAGAGCACCCUACAGGAGGAUGAAAGAAUGGCUCUUUCCUUCAUGGAUGCACACACCUGUGGCACACGCAGUGAUGCCCGUAGUUCAGUGAAUGAGGCCAGCAGCCUGCUGGGAGGCUCCCCAAGGCAUCAAUGUGGACGUAAAGGCUCCCCCUACCAUACAGGGCAGCUCCACCCUGCUGUCCGAGUGGCCGACCUCCUCCAGCACAUCAACCAGAUGAAGACUGCCGAAGGCUAUGGCUUUAAACAGGAAUAUGAGAGUUUCUUUGAUGGCUGGGACUGCACAAAGAAGAAGGACAAAACCAAAGGGAGGCAUGACACCUUGCUGGGAUAUGACCGCCAUAGAGUUAAGCUCCACCCUCUCCUGGGAGACCCGAACUCAGACUACAUCAACGCUAACUAUAUUGAUGGCUACCAUCGAUCCAACCACUUCAUCGCCACUCAGGGGCCCAAGCAGGAGACUCUGUAUGAUUUUUGGAGGAUGGUAUGGCAGGAAAAUUGUUUCAGCAUCGUCAUGAUCACUAAACUGGUGGAAGUUGGCAGGGUGAAGUGCUGUAAAUACUGGCCUGAUGACAGCGAGAUGUACGGUGACAUUAAAAUCACUCUGCUUAAGACGGAGACACUGGCUGAAUACACAGUUCGUACCUUAGCCUUGGAGAGGAGAGGAUACUCAACCAAGCAUGAGGUGCGUCAGUUCCACUUCACAUCCUGGCCUGAGCACGGGGUACCCUAUCACGCAACUGGACUGCUUGCCUUUAUACGAAGAGUGAAAGCCUCUACACCUCCUGACGCUGGCCCUGUGGUGGUCCACUGCAGUGUGGGGGCGGGCCGCACUGGCUGCUACAUCGUGUUGGAUGUCAUGUUGGACAUGGCUGAGUGUGAAGGCGUGGUGGAUAUCUACAACUGUGUCAAAACCCUCUGCUCUCGACGCAUCAACAUGAUCCAGACAGAGGAGCAGUAUAUCUUUAUCCAUGAUGCCAUUCUUGAGGCCUGUCUGUGCGGGGAGACGGCCAUCCUGGUGAACGAGUUUGCCGUCACCUACAAAGAGAUGCUACGAGUGGAUUCCCAGAGUAAUUCCUCUCAGCUACGGGAAGAGUUCCAGACACUCAACUCUGUGACACCCCACUUGGAUGUGGAAGAGUGCAGCAUUGCUCUGUUGCCCAGAAACCGAGAGAAGAACCGCAGUAUGGAUGUUCUGCCGCCUGAUCGCGCCCUGGCCUUCCUGGUUACAACAGAAGGGGAGAGCAACAACUACAUCAACGCUGCUCUCGCCGACAGCUUCCAUCGGCAGGCCGCUUUUAUCGUGACCCCUCAUCCUCUGCCGGGCACCACGGCAGACUUUUGGAGGCUGGUCUUUGACUAUGGCUGCACAGCAGUGGUCAUGCUCAACCAACUCAACCAGUCCAACUCUGCUUGGCCGUGUGUUCAGUACUGGCCGGAGCCCGGUUUACAGCAGUAUGGGCCCAUGGAAGUGGAGUUUCUGUCCAUGUCAGCAGACGAGGAUGUCAUUACUCGUCUGUUUCGGGUCAAGAAUGUCACGAGGCUCCAAGAUGGCCAGCUGGUGGUGUGUCAGUUCCAGUUCCUGCGCUGGUCGGCGUAUCGGGAUGUUCCCGACUCCAAGAAGGCUUUCCUCAACCUGCUGGCUCAAGUGCACAAGUGGCAAAGAGAGUGUGGAGAAGGACGCACUGCUGUCCACUGCCUUAACGGCGGUGGUCGCAGCGGGACGUUCUGUGCCUGCAACAUUCUCCUUGAGAUGAUCCAGUACCAGAACAUGGUGGACAUCUUCUAUGCUGUCAAAACGCUCCGCAACUGCAAACCCAACAUGGUGGAGUCCCUGGAUCAGUAUCGAUUCUGCUAUGACCUUGUACUGGAGUACUUGGACUGCUUUGAAGGGAGAUAGCAACUAAAUGUUUACCACAGAAGCGGUAUCCCACGCGCUGGAGAUUUGAUUUAAGGCCUCCUCUACUUUAAUGUUCGGACCUGUGGACUUGGCAUUGAAGGAACUGCAAAGGAAGGAGAGGGAAAAAAAAACCUGGUCAUGGUUCUAACUUUUAACCUUUAAUGUACAGCUGUGAUUUCCUCCUUGUUGGUGAUGUUUAUCUCUUUUGAUAUUUUUUGUGCUUUUCUUGGUCCUCUUUGCCUCUUGGACUAAAGCUCCUUUUGUGCUAAGAGUUUCUGUAGCAGCUAAACAAUACUCCGAGCUACAAAAUGGACCUGUCUAUUCUGAAGAAGGGUCACCUUGGCUGUGUUUCAUCGUUUCAUUCAAUCAGCGAGGGGGCUGGAUGUAAUUCCAGAGUUACAGCAGCAUUAUCUAAAUGUGGAUGCGUUUUCUUCUCUCUUGAGAGCUACAUACAACAGCAGUCCACUCUGGUUGUGGCAUGACUUAUCUACCAUACCAUAAACUGCCUUAUUCUCUGAUGAUAGGACAGGUUUAUUCACAUCAUUGAAUAAAUCUAAAAGGUCGUCAUACUGGUAUUCAAACGGCAACGAGAAACUUUAACAAGAGACCUACAGCAUUAGGAUAGACCAGCCCAGUCCUCAGCAGUAUUGAUGCAGAAACUGUACAGUAGUGCAAUGUGUUGUAUUUUGCCAUAAUGUUUGUGCUGGAUUACCAUGUGUGCUAUAGGUGGACAUUUCCAGGGACCACAGCACUGGGCCUGGUGCCACCACGGGAGAUUCCUGUCUCAUUUCUGUCACAGUGCCAAUCCCACUGACUGACUUGAAUCCUCUCUUUACUUUGUUCUACUGCUUCAUCUCGAUAUAUGCCUACAAACAUACAGUAUGUACUGCAUUAGCUAAUGUUCCCGCUCCAAAGUGAUUGUUUGUAUUUUAUACCCAGCAGGAAAGACAAAGGAGCAGGUGAAACUGUGCCGACAUGCCAUAGUGGUGGCGGUGGUGUGAAAAAUGAUGUUUCAUUAAUGCUGUGGUGAAGUGUCUAAACCAGUGCUGCGUUACAGGUUUGAGUCUGUGACUCCCUUACUCCUUCGUUGUCUGGGGCAUUUGGUUGUACUGUAAACUUUCUUAGCAAGCUAAGCCAGUUUGAUUUUCAUCAUAACCCUUUCAGUUAGGGGGCAUUAACGUUGUCUAGAGGGGAAAACUACGCCCUUUUGCAUCACCACUAAAAAUAUUAAUGUUUUCACAUUGGUGGUCAUUUUUUAAUCUUAAAAUAAAAAUGGUAUUUUAAAAAGGAAGAACAGAAAAAACAAUUGCCAACAGACCCUGCUGCUUAUCACAGAAUUGAUGGGCAAACAAAAGCCACUAUUUUUCACCUGCUGGCCAAUGCCUGGAGACCACUGGAAAUAUUAAUGCCUGAAUCAAUGAAACAUCCUCCGAAGCCCCCCACACACAGUCAUGAAUUUUUUUUUUAACAUUCUUGUUCCAAACCCAAGAAAUUAUCUAUUCUACACUCCAUUAUUACCCUUUAAAAUAUGUUAUGCUCCACCAUAUCUCCUGAAACUCCUUUAAGUGUAGGUUUUCAGGAGGGAAGGUAAAGGUAUCACUCUGCCAUAAGAAACAAGGAAAGACACCCUGAAGCGCACAGAAGCUGAGAAAUGGCAGCUAGGUGAACUGUGCUGCUAGUUUUGCAGCUCACAGUCUGGUUCAGGUGGGAGCGUCAGAACGUGAGGAAUCUUAACAGUAAGCCAACGUCACCAGACUCUCCCAGCUUCACUGAUAGGGCAGCUUGUUUUUGAUGAGGAUGAAGAAUGAGGUAGCUACAGUGUAGUCAGUGAUCUGGCAACGGAUCACUGGAGGAAGUGCCUGGACACUUUUCCUUGAGGGUGGAAGGAAUGUGUACAUACAGAUGUAUAUUAUGUUAUGUGAAUAUUAUAUGAAUAAUAUACUAUAUGUUUGCCCAGAGUAAAGACGUACAGUAAGUAACCACUACAUAACCACGAACCUGAAUGUGCUGUAAAUGACCAUUUUGUGAGUUUAUUGCCAGAACUUUUAAUACCCGAAUAUGAACUGAGUCUCCCUGAGUGUUCAUCCCAGCGCUCUGAGUAAAACUGGUCUGUUAAAGCAUGUAUGAGCCCAUUGUCUGCUUUUCAUUUCAUUUAGUUCCUUUCAAAAUAUCCCAAUCCACAUAAUUUAUUUCAACCAUUGUGUUGUCCUGCAGCCACAACAACUGUGUGAGUGCAAUGUACUUUUACCAUUCCAAAGCUUUUUAUUAUGACUGCUCUCUGAGCGGUGGCAACUGCCCCGAGAGUACCGUGGAUUUCACUUGUGUGUUUCUGUAUGAACCGAUGGUACAUGACUACUGUGUUUUUGACCAUUGUAUUUGUGGGGGCAAGGUGUGUAUUUAAUGAGAGAGACAGAGAAGACAGAUGUAUUUUGGGGUCAGGAAGGGGUUUGUUCUGAUGAAUUACAACAAUCAACAAUAAAAGAAC